GGCUAAAAAUAUCAGAAACGUAGACCAGAGUUGGUCAGGCAAACUCUGCUGGAGUUGAUCUCAGGCAAUGGUGGCAGAAAAUUUUCAUUUUGAACAAUCUUUUGAAAUAUAUUUAUUGGAUUGGCUAGAGGUAAAAACAAAAAGAAAAAAAUAAUAAUAAUAGCACUUACAGCAUAGCGGUGCAUGCACAAUACAUUAGAUUUAAUUGAUGGGGAAGAUGAAAAUGAUUUGAACAAAGUCCUGUCAGAGUUCGAAGAGAAUCACUAGAAUCAGAUGUUGUAUAUGGAAGAUAUUUAUUUUACAAUCAGCAAAAAGAUGAGACUUUGGAUAGUUAUUCUUGUGAGUCAGGUCUGGUAACUUUUCAGACCUUAGAGCAGGUAUAAAGCACUGUCGUACGGACAUAAGGAGUAGAAACGCGCCUUUCUGCUAUGAAACUAAAGUGAAGCCAAGUAUUUGGCACCAAAUACAGGUAAAGCAUUGAAAUUGCCUGUACCGUCAUUUUUUGAUGCCAAAAUUCCUGGCUUCAUUUUCCAACUCCAUGUUACUACUUCUUUACCUUUACCUGCUCUUAAGUUUGAGACUCUAUACGAAUAGAGACAAAAUUGUGUUUGACAUAAACAGAUUAGAAGAAAAACUAACGUCGGGAAAAUUAGCAACAUAUUGGAAACAAGAUCUUUAGGAUACACAUCUGCUUGUGCUGCUAUAUUACUGCUUUGUCCUGCUUUGAACCGCAAUUCAGCAGCAUCUACCAUUUUCGAAAUAUAUCGAUCUCCAUUUCGGUUGCUAACUUCAUCCUUGGCAACACACUGGAAGAAGGAUCGCUAAAACAUGUUCCUGCUUGUGCUGCUAUGGUCCUGCCUCAUCCUGCUUCAAAACAGCGAUUUUUUUAUGGUUGUUAACUUCACCCUUGGCAACACACUAGAAGCACGAUCGCUCAAACAUUUUCCUGCUUGCGUUGCUAUGGUCCUGCCUGAUCCUGAUGAGCGGUAGUACCAUGCGAAAAUUACCUUCUAAAUUACGCAAAUUACUCAUUGAUAUCCUCUUUAGUUCGCGUAAUAUUGAAAUCCCAAGAUAAACUAAAAAUUCGCUUGUUCCGCUUCAUUUGUCCAGCAGUUUAGUAAGUGUUGCCGCGGUUAGAUUUCAUAGGUGCUGCUCGGUUGCGGUUCAAAGCAGGAAAAAGCAGUAAAAUAUAGCAGCACAAGCAGAUGUGUAUCCUAAAGAUACAGUUUCCAAUGUGUUGCUAACUUCAGUUUUUCUUGUAAUUCUUAUCUGCUUAUGUCAAAAACAAUUUUGUCUCUAAUCGUAUAGAGUCUCAAAAGUUAUCAGACCAGUUUCUUCUUGUUUUUACCUCUAGACAAUAAAUAUAUUUGAAAAUAUUGUUCAAAAUGAAAAUUUUCUGCUGCUAUUGUCUGAGAAAGAAAAACUUUCUGGUAGUCAUACAUCAGACUUUUCAUUGUCUUUGAUUUGACUCAACUUGAAAUCAACUUUUCUAAACUCCAAACUCUGUCUGACCAAUUCUGGUCUACUUUUCUGAUAUUUUUAGCGUUGUUCCAAAUCAUAUUGUUAGACGUGUGGUUCUAUUGUUACGAAAUUGCAUCGAGAGACGGCCAGAUUCUAAGAAUUUAGUUGUUUACGUUCAGAACGGGUCCUCAGGAAUAAUUCUAUUGUAUUCAAGUGAAACAAGAUCAAAAAAUCUCGAAUACGAUAAUUUUAUGUCUGAAGUGGGAUCAUUAUUAGCAAGACAAUUAUUAUUAUUGAUGCAUUAAUUUGCAUAAUAGGCAAAAAAAUUCCUGUAUUAAUUUUAGCUAAUUAGUGGGAACAAUAAGUGAAUUUUUUUUGAACAAGUUUACAGACCGAUUUUCUCAAAAAUUCUACAGUGUAUUUUUUCCCAAGAUAGAUUUUGGCAAUGAAAAUUUUGAAACAUAAACAAUACUGCUUAUUGGUCGCAAGAUGCCGUGUACCUGCAUUCGACGAAGGUAUCGUUUUCCAACCAUGUAAAAGGAUACCUCACCUGCAAGGACACGGCAUUUUGCGAUCAAUCAGAGUCAGGCGGUAUUGUUUAUGUUUCAAAGUUGACAAUGUCAAAAUCCAUCUUGGGAAAAAAUAGGGUGUAGAAACUUCUAUAGUGUUUCAUUUGGAAACCAAAUUGCUAUAGUGUUCUAUUUGGAAUUGUAUAAGUAAUACAAAAACAGUGACUGAACUUGCCCCUUCCUCCAGCAGAAUGGAGUGAACCCAAACUUUCGCAAAAAAAUUCGCCAAUGUUUUACCCUGUAAUUUCAGCAGGUGGACGGAAAUCUGUUAAAAACUAGAAAUUAAAUAGCAAUUAGAGCAGCCUUGUACUCCUGAAAAUGUGAACAAAAUCGGCCUGCUAGAUUUUGAGUUAUAGUAUUACAAAAAGUGACUAAAAAUUGGGGUGUUCGAGUUCGAUUGAUGCGUACCUAGUUUAUUUCGAAAAUGGUGGGUGCUUUGGGUUGCGGUUUCGAGCAGGACAAAGCAGUAAUAUAGCAGCACAAGCAGAGGUGUACCCUAAAGUUCCUGCUUCCAAUGUGCUGCUAGCUUCUCCGACAUAACAAGAAACUAUUCUUUAGGGAAAGCAGUGAAUAGAUGCCAGGCAAGCAAGCAAAAGCUCAAUUAAGAGAUGCUCAAAAUGAAGAAAAAUUGAAUACUAUAAAAACUAAGAAACUUACAAAGUGGAACAUUGAAGCAAGUAAUGAAGCUCGAGCUGAAAGCCAGAGGUUUUCUAUUAGGUUGAGCUUGAUUAGGAAUCAAGUAACCUUUGUGCUUUUGGAUCCUCUGAACUCAUACGUCGUAACUAUGUAAGGCUUCACCUCUUCCAGAUGAUUACCUAACCCAACAACAAAUAUUUUUAUAUCAUCGAGUUCAAAGAGCAUUUUCGAGACCCAGUCGAAAAUAUCAUAGAUAUCAUAAUGUUCGUCUGAGGCACCCUCAUUUUUCCUAAUUGAGCAUAACGUUGAGGUCUCAAUCUGUCGAGAAAUUCCAAACAAGAUCGAUCUUUAUAUUGGGUUUGAUGCACAUGCGAGGAUAUUCUUUUUGCCGCAUUAAGAGAACAAAAUAGUUCGCCAUACAAAAAGCUACCUAAGAGAUGAGGUGAAAAGCUCCUCUCAACAUCUUUAAUUUCUUUAAUUACAAACAUUUGUCUUUUAUCACAAUGAGUGGCAUUGUGGCAUUGAGGACUAACCCUGGGGAGAGUUAGGGGAUUUUCACUGAUCCUAGUUACUGAAAUAAAUCUCACUGUUCUUCAGCAGUUGUAGCGAUAGUUUAUAGGAGACGGAAAACUGGUGCAUAAUGGAUUGGAGGCAGUCUGUGUUGAAUCCAAAGGUUAUUCUAAGGAUUUUUUUCCACUGCACAGAGAAGUGAAGUUAACUAUGAGCCGUCAUCAUGGAAGUAGUUGAAUCUUUCGUGGAACUCCUCACCGAAAGGUAUGAAAUAGAAGCUGAUAAGCUCUCAGUGAUAAAACCAUUCACGAAUUUAGAAUUAGGCACUAGCUGACGUCACACACAUAACCACACUUUCGUUGGGGGGAAAAACAAAGCGUUUGAGAACUAUUUACAGCGGUCAAAACUGUGACAAUGAUGGACUUGUCUGAACAGGUAUAUUACCAAAUUCAUUUGAGAAAUAUCUUGUUUGUCCCAUUGAUGUAGGCAUGUAGGUUUGUCUCAAUGAGAUGAAAUGUUUGUCUCCUCCUCUAAAGUGACGUUAUGUGAUUUUUGACGUAAUAGCUAGCGCUUGCAUGUAUUAGGCAAUCAAAACCACGUGACAUUCAAGAUGGCCUGGCGGCCAAAUUAUUGGCCAAACUUCAUUUUUAGUCGUGUGCAGUCUACUCUGUUUGUUCGAAGUUUUACAUUUUUAUGUGCUUUAAGGUGUUUUUGUGAGGGGUAAAUUUGUUAAGUGUAAUACAACAAGAUAUUAUCAUUAUGUAGAGCAAAUAUUCGCCAGAGCUUGGUGCCCAAGUCAGGAUUAUCCACAUCCUUUACCUUACUUGGUUUUCUUAUUAUAAAACCAUAUGAUGGUUUGAUUGCCGCUAACCAUGCUUUUCGUCUUUUUCCUUAUGUUUUAUUUAAAUGGGAAAAAUAUACUGAAAUUGUCACGCUUAGGACCCUGUAGAAAGACAUAUUUUGAUUGCCCCUUUCUCGGCGCUUCCCAUAUCCUACAACAAACAGACACUUAUCCGGCAUUUUACAACACUAAGGUCCGAUUUAUCCAUCUUCAGAUAAACUUGCUGUUAACUAUCUGCAAGAUAAAUUAACCGUUUUUUGAUUCUAUUGAUGAGAUUACAGAUUUAGUUUUUAUCCGUCAGAUUGCAUACCUGAUAUUUUAUCAGAAGGUGAAUAAACCGGCCCCAAAUACAACAAAAAUAUCUAGUUUCCGCGCGACCUAAUACAUUUCUUAUAAAAUAUCGGUUGACUAGGUACUUAUUACGUAACCUAACGUGAGUAAUUCAAACUUGCAAGCAAAACUCGAAGCAAAACAACCAAAACACGUAUAUAAAAACACAUAUUCAUAACAAACUUGCUAGACUGCCACGCCAUAUUGUUUGUCCCCCCAUCGAAAGUGAGGUUAUGUGUGUGACGUCAGCUAGUGCCCAAUUAAAGUAUAUCGUAUUCUGGAGAAAGAUCUUUGCCUAUAACUCAAUUCAAGUUAGAUUAUGACGAAAUACUAGAACAUCCACAAAUAGAAAAGUUGCAGAAACUGACGCUUUCUGAAUUCUGGAUUGGUUAACUUUAUAACCAAUUCUUCGGAUUUCCUUGAUGCAACUAAAAUAUUUUCGCACAGAUCUUGAAUGCUAAAUCGCAUAGUGCGGAUGUGGAAAGACAUAACUAAGUAUCAGCAAUACAUUAAAAAGCCUAUAUCUCAAAGUAGCUUGUCAGUAGAUUCUGGAAAUGAAGCACUAUGCAGUAUAAAACAGUUAAAUCUGAUAUAAUUUAAUCUAUUCUUCAAUUAUCACCUAAAACUGGUCUGACCCAGAAAAUAUUUCUUCCAUCUGAAGGUGUUAAUUUCGAACAAAUUAUUAUCAUUCCGGAGAAGAGUACUGUUAACAUAAGUAAGCUGAAACAUGGUCAGGCUACAGUUUGUUUCCGGUAUUUUAAUCGGCGUACUUUUAGUUUUUAGCGAUUGCGUCUCUAGCGGAACUGAAGCGGUACUGCCACAAAAUCAAACAAGUGCUCUGAGCCGAAUUGGAAAACAAUUUGUUUGGUUGCCUGCUAUUUGGGGCGUGGGAUUGGUCCGGUUUUUGAACGGCGAAUGCGAUGCAGGAAACGGUUUCACGGGAACUUGUUACACUAGAAGGCAAUGCAACUCUAUGGGCGGUUCCAGAUCAGUUUCGUGUGCCAAUGGAGCUGGAGUUUGCUGUGUUUUCCAAAGCACUUGUGGCGACAGUUCAGAUACAAACAACACUUACUUCGUUAGUCCAGGGUUUCCAAGAACAUAUACAGGAGGUUCAAUUUGUAUGUUUACUAUAAUUAAGCAAGCUGAUGCAUGUCAAGUAAGAUUAGACUUUUUAACUCUAAACCUUGCUCAACCCAACGCAAAUGGUGUUUGCAGCUCGGAUGCAAUGGCAGUAACAGGCGGUGCGUCUACUGUACCAGUUAUUUGUGGGCAAAACAGUGGACAGCACAUGUAUGUGGAUUUUAAUGGAAACGCGCCCAUUGUGAUAACUAUUUACGUUAGAAGCGCAUCCUUUUCCAGGUCUUGGAAUAUUAAGGUGGCCCAGAUUAAUUGCAACUGUCCCUGGAGAGCCCCAUCUGGUUGCUUGCAAUUCUAUAACACACUAUCCGGUACUGUACGUAGUUUCAACUAUGGUAGUUCCAGUCUUUUGAAUGGUACAAGGCAACUGGCCAAUAUGAAUUAUGGAGUUUGCGUUGGAAUGUUUCCAGGUUAUUGCUCAAUUCGAUGGUCACAAUCUUCUGACCUUUAUGGAUUUUCCGUGUCCGGUGAUACCUUUACAGCAGUUGGUGAUGGUACUCUUGGUACCAGUGCAGCUUCACUAACUGGGUUGAAUUGUACUACCGAUUUUGUGGUCAUUCCAUCACCAGUUUUAAACUCAAAUACUACUGCGUUGAAUUCUGAUAGAUUUUGUGGUAAUGGAUUUCCUACAGUGGAUUCAUCUUCGAAGCCUUUUGUCAUGACAGUCGUAACAAAUGGAAACGAGGUAAACGAUACAGGAAAUCGUGGAUUUUCGUUAGCAUUUUCACAGCAACUAUGUGCUGGAACAUUAAUGUUAGGAUAAUGAUUUAUUCAAUAAAAAAAU